AUGAUAUCCCAAAGAGACCGUGAGUUUUUAGACUGGUAUCACUCUCAAGAGGGCAAGGCUGGCCUAGACAAACUCGAGAACACGCCAAAGCUGUAUAUACGCGGUCUCUAUGAUCUGUCUAACCUGAAAAAACCAGAGCCUCCAGUAUCCUCUACCUAUGACCACCGAAGUACAAAAGCAACGCGCAACACAUUCGCUCGUAUCAUGCUACAAGUAAAGAUCUACCACCUGAUCUAUAUCAUAAUGCACAAAAUUUUCGAUAUUAUCGAACAUUCAAUUCAGGCGUACUAUCUGGUCAUCAGCCACACGCUUUCUACCAUCUAUCGCGAUCACCGAACGCCUGAACUUAUCAAUGAGGAUGUUUCAGAUUUGAAAAAGAUCCCACAGCAUCUGAGCGUCAUUCUGACAGUGCAUACUGCAAAGAACGAUCUGGGAACACUGAUGGACGAAGUGGCGGAGCUUGCAGCCUGGAGUGCAUGUGCUGGGAUCAUGCAGUUAAGUGUAUAUGAAAAAACCGGGAUUCUCAAGUCCCACAUAUCGACCUUACAUCCAAUUAUUAAUGCCAAAAUCGCCUCAUAUUACCGCUCUCCUUCUCAGCAACCAAGUCUACUGCUCUUUGCACCCAAACACCCUAUCGAGGGCACCUCAUCAACCAACAACACACCACUCAAGCUCCUCCUCUUGUCUUCUACUGAUGGGCGUGAAUCACUUGUUAAUGUGGCCGAAAGUCUAGCUCAGAUGUCAACGAAAGGCCAACUGUCGUCUACGGAUAUCACACAAGAAAUCGUUAAUGCCAAGAUUAGCGACAUGUCGAAACCAUUGCAAAACGGCUUGAAUUUAGAAGUUGACAGUUUCAAAUCCGAACCCGAUCUUCUUCUGAUCUUUGGGCCAUCUCUUAAACUAGAUGGGUAUCCACCCUGGCCAAUCCGGCUAACGGAGAUGUUCUGCACCGGAGAACGGAGCCAUGGGCUGCAUAGAUUUGGGAGCGCUGUUGAGUAUCAGGGGUUUCUGCGAGGAUUGAGACAAUAUGCUGGUGCAGAGAUGCGAGUGGGACGGUGA